UGUUUUUUGAUUAUGUGCUCUUUAGGGGUGUGCAUGGGGUGUGCAUCUCAGCAAAGGCAUCAGUGUCUUCCCACACAAACUGUGAACCCUGACCUUAAGUCCAGAACGCUCCCUUUAGGAAGUGCUAGGGAAUUAAACCUUCAGUCUUCAUCUACUACGUCUCUCAUGUUUGUCCAUUUUCUCUUCAAUUUCACUCGGUUUCCUCUCUUUACUUUCGUCUGCUUCUGAUUCAACUCAUUCUGUAUCUGCCUCUUCGAUUGUGUUUGAGUCUGUGUCUUAGUCUGCAUCGGCAUCUCCUAUCUCUUGCCAUUCUGUCUCUAUCCUCUCUCUCUUGUAUCUCUGGGUCUUCUCUCGUUCUUCAGUCUGCUUCUACACUCAUCUCUCCUUCUGUCUGUCCCAUCGUUUGAGUUUGUGUCUCUGUAUGUCUGUCCGUCUGUCUGUUGACUCCCCAGUCUGUCUGUCUGUCUGUUCACCCCCGACCCCCCCACCACCACCUCCGUUUGUCCGUCUUUCGAUUUCUCUCCAUCUCUGAGGUGAUGGGAUGGAUGGUGUACAUGUCCCUAGAGGUGGUGGUGGCCGUGGCCUGUUGCCUGGGCAAUGUGCUGGUGGUGUGGGCCGUACGCUCACGCCGGUCCCUACGGCAACCCACCUUCUGCUUCGUGGUGUCCCUGGCAGCGGCCGACUUCCUGGUCGGGGCAGUGGCCGUGCCUCUGGCCGUGCUGGUGGACGGGUGGGUGCAGACGGACUUCCACGUCUGCCUGGCGGUCAGCUGCUUGGUCCUGGUACUGACACAAGCUUCGGUGUUAUCCCUACUGGCUAUAGCAGUGGACCGAUACCUGCGUGUACGCAUUCCUCUCAGGUAUAAGAGCGUGGCCACUCAACGUCGGUCCUGGGCCGCGGUGGCGCUGUGCUGGCUCGUGUCCUGCCUGCUGGGUUUCCCGCCGCUCUUCGGCUGGCACAACGGAAGCGCCAGUGCCAACGCCAUGGCAAUUGCUAGUGCCCGUGCCAGUGCCAACGCCCUCUACCCCUCCCCCACCUCCUCGUCCACCAGCUCGUCCAACUCCUCAGUCAUCGAGUGCACCUUCCUGGCCGUGGUGUCUCUGCCCUACAUGGUCUACUUCAACUACUUUGGCUGCAUUCUGCUACCCCUGCUGGUCAUGACCCUGCUCUACGCUCUGGUCUUCCACAAUCUGCGCGUGCGCCUCCAGAGAGAGUCCACCUCCUCCAUCACCACCAAUUCCUCCUCCUCUGUCUUCCACUCCUACCCAGAGCCGGGCUCCAAGGCCUUCUAUAGGCGGGAGAGGCGGCUGGCCAGCUCCCUGGCCCUGGUGCUAGUGCUGUUUGCAGUGUGUUGGAUGCCUCUGCACGUCAUGAACUGCGUUUUGUUGUUCUCCGGGAGACCGGGCGCCGUAUCACAGGGGGCCUUUUAUGCCGGUAUCCUGCUGUCACACGCUAACUCAGCUGUGAACCCUGUGGUGUACGCGCUGCGCAUACGCAAGAUCCGUGAGGCCUAUGCCGAGAUCCUGAAGAGGUACUUCCUGUGCCGCCAUGACAGGCAGCGGAGGCGGAACUCUGACGUGUGGCAGGCAGGGUUGCCGGGGAUACAUAGCAGCCAUGAGUCUGCAAGCAGGUUGUAAUAAAGGAGGACGGUGGGUAUUUUUUUACAGGACUUCAUCAGAGAUUUUGAAGUCAGAUUGGUGUAUAUAAAGAGUGUGGGCCAGUGGUCUCCAAAUGGCUCCCCAUGGGCCAGAUCCGGCCUGGACAUGGCAAACAUUUGGCCCGCCAUGAGGAUGGAACAAAUGAAAACAUGUAUGUAUGCGAUCUGUGUCCAUCUGGUCAAGAGAUUUGUAUGGCCCUCAGCCUCAUUUGUGCAACAUAAUUUGACCAAUCUCCCGGUUUUAUGCAGCCUUCAAAAGGUUCCAAACCAACCGCUUAUUUCCAUAGAGUAUUAUAGAGAGUAUUAUCGAGAGGACUUGAUAAAAUAACCGCUUUUGCUUGUUUUAAAAGAACUACAGGGGUUAGACAAAACAAUGGAAACACCUGUCAUUUUAAUGUGGGACGUUUCAUGGCUCAAGUGGACCAGCCUGUUGGCCAAUCUUCAUUCAUUGCACAUUGCACCAGUAAGGUGAAGUGUGAAGGUUCAAUUAGUAGGGUAAGACCACAGUUUUGCUCAACAUUUUGCAAUGCAGAACAUUAUGGGUGACAUGUCAGAGUUCAAAAAAGAGAAAUUCUUGGUGAGCGUGUAACUGUUGCAUCUUUGACCGAGACAGCCAGUCUUUGUGAUGUAAGAGGCACAGUAUCCAAGGUAAUGUCUGCAUACCGUUAAAAAGGAUGAACCACAUCCAACAGGAUUAACUGUGGACGCAAGAGGAAGCUGUCUGAAUCCUCUGAAAGGGAUGUUUGGUUGCCAACCCGAACUGUAUCCAAAAAACCAUAAAACCACAGCUUGACCAAAUCACAGUAGAAUUAAAUUGUGGACGCAAGAGGAAGCUGUCUGAAAGAGUUGUUUGGGUGACCGGCCGUGUAUAUUGACCCUGUGGAGCUCUCGAGGCACCAUUCUGGUGGAAACAGGAGAGUUGAGGUAUACAUUUAAUUCUACUCAUAAUGUUGUGUGCAUUGCAAAAUUUUGAGCAAAACUGUGCUCUAACCCUGUUAAUUGAACCUUCACGCUUCACCUUACUGGUGCAAUGUGCAAUUAUUGGUUGGUCGACAGGCUGGUCCACUUGAGCCAUGAAACUUCCCACACUAAAAUGGCAGGUGUUUCCAUUAUUUUGUCCAAUCCCUGCAGAUUUCAAUGGACUGAGGAAUUAUUUGCCCUUCAGUGGCAACUUGUUUUAGGACAAAAUACAGAAGAGCCAACUUUGAAUUACUACACAUAAUCUAGCCAUGCUACCACUAACACAUUGCAGAGAUGGGUUUACUUGGAACCUUUGAAGCUAGUGUAAAACCAUGUUACCCGAGAUCAAUGCAUUUCCCAACUUUUCCCUAUGGCUCUGACUACAGUAUGCCAUUAUCUUUAAGCAAUUUCAAGUCAUUUGUGAAAUGAUUUUCAUUUGUUUUAUUUUGUUUCACAGUCAGUCUACGUACAGUAGUGCUCAAAAUAAUAGCAGUGUCUUUACAAAGAGUGAGUAAGUGUCAAGAUUCUCCAAAUAAAUUCUACUUUCAUGAGAAAAAAGAAAUUGGGGACACUGCACAUUCACUGAAUAUUCUAUUUCAAAGCAACAACAUUGGGAAAAGAAUUCAAUUUUAUAAUAUUUCGCAGAAAGUGAAGAAAUGUAACUUUAAAAAAAUAGCAUAUUUUGUAUAUAGUGUUAAUAUCUGUCUUUCGAAACUCAAAAAUGUACUGUACAAACAAAGAAAUUGAAAAUUCAACUUUGCUGAGCAUCCUUAACUAAUAUUUUGUUGUAUAACCAUGGUAACUGCUUCGCAUCUGUGGUGCAUGGAGUCGUCCAAAGUCUGGCAACAGUCAACACGUAGUGCAGCCCAGGUUAAUUGUACCAGAGAUUCUUUAAGUAUACUACUCUCUCUGAUUGUACUGUAUUCCACAAUUCCUCUGCAUUCCUUGGUUUUAUCUCAUAAACAGCAUUUUUUAUGUCAGCCCACAAUUUUUUUGGGAUGAAGGUCCAGGAAAUGUGCUGGUUACUCUAUUAGUUGGAUGCUGUUUGUCUGGAAAUAUUUGUCUGAAAUAUUUGAAGAAUAUUUUGCUUGCUUGUUGGUGAGUUUGGGGUCAUUGUCUUGUCUUGGGCUUAUUCCAGUAUCCUGAUGUACUCAAACUGAUCCACUGACCUACUUUCAAAAUAUCAAGUUAAACAACAUAAAUACGGUUUGUGUACAAACGUUACUGCUGCCUGCACAAACGAAGCACAAACAAUUCCAACCAUUUUCGAGUCAUUUGGAUGUUGACGGGGUGCUGAGUGACCUACUUUCAAAAUAUUAAAAGUUAAAUAACAUAAAAUCGGUUUGUGCACAAACAUCCAUUUUACCUGCACAAACGUGCACAAACGAUAAACGAUUCCAGUCAUUUUUGAGUCAUUUGGAUUCCAGUGACCUAACCUCUUAAAAGUGAAAUACCUUUAAAACGAUUUGUGCACAAACGUUAAAUUUGCCAGCACAAACGAAGCAAAACGAUUCCAAACAUUUUCGAGUCAUUUGGAUGUUGAUGGGGUGCUGAGUGACCUACUUUCAAAAAAUUAAAAGUUAUAGGGUAACUUCAGCUAAUUUCAACAUGCAGUUGUUAUGCUCACACUACCAUGGACUUGUCAGUUCCUGAGAUUUGUUUUCCCCGAGAUCCUGGUCAUUGUAAUGGGGGGAGGUGUUUGUUUACAUUAAAAAAAAUCUUGAUUUAUUCCCAAAAACAUCCAAAAGGUUAUAUAACAUCAGCAGACAACUAGCAAACAGCGAUACCUUUUGGGAAAAUAUUUGGAGUAGGCCUAUGUUAAGAUGUUUUAAAAAUGUAAGCAAAAGCUGACCCCAUUAGAAUAGCUCAUAUCUCGGAAAGGGCUGAGCCAAAAAAGAACAGCAUCACCGGGUACUGACAAGUCAAGGGUAGUGUGAGCAAUACAACAGCAUAUUGAAAUUGGCAGGAGUGCUCCUUGAAAUAACACAAAAACGGUCUGUGCACAAAUGUUAGUUUUACCUGCACAAACGAAGCACAAACGAUUCCAACCAUUUUCGAGUCAUUUGGAUGUUGACGGGGUGCUGAGUGACCUACUUUCAAAAUAUUAAAAGUUAAAUAACAUAAAAUCGGUUUGUACACAAACAUCCAUUUUACCUGCACAAACGUGCACAAAUGAACCACAAAUGAUUCCAACCAUUUUUGAGUCAUUUGGAUGUUAAUGGGGUGCUGAGUGACCUAAGGUAACCAACCUCUUAAAAUGUAAAUAUCUUCAAGAGGUUUGUGCACACACUCAUUUUACCUGCAUAAUCGUGCACAAACAAUGCACAAUGUACCAAAAUGCUUUUACUCAUAUUUUCAGCAUAGGAUGCCAACUUUACACAGGUUAUUGUGUUCCUGUUUCGUAAUUACUUUGAAUUCCUUUUAAUUUAAUCUACACCACCACCUAGUGUUCGUAUUAUGUCAGAAAUUCAAAGUAAC